AUGUUCGGCCGGUGGACGCUCCUCGCGGCGCGAGUCCUCGCGGUGCUCCUCGCGGUCUCCGCGAGACCCGCGGACGCGGACGCCGUGGAUGGUCGCCUGCCAUGGAUGCGGUGGCAGCGGCUGGAGGGCUCUGAGCCCUGCGCCACAGAUUCAUGCCAGUAUGGAAAUUCAAGCAGACCAGUGACUUCCAAGCCUGGUUAUCAUGAAGAGUGCACUACUCAUCCGACUCCUAUCCGUUUCCACAACGGCAUCUCUGGCAGAGAGAUCCUCAAGAUACGAAAGGAAGCUGCCUCAAAAGGAGGUUUGCGUGGUGUGAUGAUGAUUCGUGACCCCUUGGAAAUUGUGGUCUCUGGCUACUGCUAUACUCACCGCGGGGCUGCCAGCGGCUUACCUAUUACUCCUGCAAACAUCACGCAGAUGGGACCCGAGGAAGGAGUUCCUGCUAUGGCUUCAAGUCUGCUCAACGAGGUCCGGACCAUCGCCUUGGCCUAUACGGUCGCUAAGCCCGAUGUGCUCGUGGUGCGUUUUGAGAAGUUUACAAACAGCUCCAGGGACUUUGACAACACGAUGAGAGAAAUCUUAGAUUUUCUGUUCGGGAAUGAGAUCACAGAGAAGCAGAAGCAGGAGAUUCUAAAUGCAGUUGCUGUGGAAGACGAGAACAGAGGUUUGAAGGGGUUCUCUGAAGACCCAAAACUUAACCAGGGCUUCAACCACACGAAUGACGAGGCGGACAUGGCUGCAGCAAGAGACGCUUUGCGCUUCGUCCCAGACGACAUCAUGGCGGAGCUCCAGCUGCAUCGGGAAGUCAUCGGCGCUAUGAUGGACCGGCGACACUUGGAGGUGCCCAAGGAGCAGCAGAGUGGCGCUGUUGUGGCGGCCUACCUCAUCUUCAUCGCAGGAAGUUUGAUUGUCUAUCACUUCGUUGCAAACGGGGAAUUUUCGUCGAUCCUGACCAUGGCUCAGAUGAUUCAAUGUCUUGCAUUUGUCCUCUUGGUGAUCAAGUCCUACUCUCAAGGUAGUGUGGCGGGCAUCUCUGCCAAGUCUUUGAGUCUGGAGGCCUUCGCCUUUGUGUGCCGUUUGGCGUCGACCACCUGGCUCAACGGAUAUUUGCCAGUGGAUGCCUCCGGUGACUUUGUGUAUCAGGCGGUGGAUUUGUGUAGCCUGCUCUUGGUGCUUUGGUUGCUCUACCGGGCUUAUGUCUCCUACACUUGGAGCUAUGAGGAGGAGGCAGACUCCUUGCCAGUGCUCCCCAUGGUCGCUCUGAGCUUCGUCCUGGCAGCAUUGCUUCAUGCGGACAUGAACAGCCGACCGCUCUUCGACACCUUCUGGAUGGCCGGGCUCUUCCUCAGCGUGGUCUCCGUGUUGCCACAGCUGUGGCACAUUAACAAGACCGGUGGGGUGAUCCAAGCAUGCACAGGACAUUACAUCGCCAUGCUCGCCACGAGCCGCGCGUUAAGUGGGAUUUUCAUGUGGCACGCUCGCUUCGACAUCACCUGUGUCCCCCUCUUUGACGGCAUCAAUCAUGCGAUUUGGGCCAUCUUGGGUGCUCAUGUGUUGCACUUGGUGCUCCUGGGCGACUUUGGCUACUACUACAUCCAGGCGGUGAUGCAACAGGGCUUGGAUUUCAAGAUCGAGCUGCCCUGCGCUGACAUGGUUUGA